GGCGCGUGAGAAACCGCAGAGCAACAAAAGAGGUCCUUGUGAACUGAAUACGUAGAGCCUUCCAUUGCCAGCUCCCACUCCAUUCCUCCGCUCCGUACUCAGUCAUUCCCGAAACCCAAGACAGUACGAAGACGGCGAAUGACACGUGUCCAUCCAGCCCACACGUGUGCCUGUCUUCUCUCUUUCUUUGAUCUCUCUGUCCAUACAAAUCCAAACCCUGAAAAAAGUAGCUCAGAGACUCAGUUUUCAGCUUCGGUUUCAUGGUCUUUCUGUAUUUCUAAUAUUUUAAAUUUUAAUUUUUAUAUUACAAAAAACGGAGAUUCAGCUUCUGGGUCUUGGAAUUCCCAUGUAUUUUGACACAUAUUUAGGGUCGGACGCCAUUGACUUUACUUUCCUUUCUCUCAAUCUCUCCCACAAAAUUUACAAGUUCAGGUUCAAGUUCAAGUUUUAGAACACCGCUCCAAUUUGGGUUUCAGGGUUCUUUCUUUCUUCUUCUUCGACGAAGAUAAGAUUUUUUAUUAGGAUUUGCGUCGUCAACGGUGUCGAUGGGAGCUAGUUUUUCAGCCUCAAUGGCGGACGAUGAUGGUCAGGAGAAGUCGAGGCUUGAUGAUAUACCGGAGAACUGCGUGGCAAUGAUUUUGAUGAACUUGGAGCCGCCAGAUGUUUGUAAAUAUGCCCGUCUGAAUAGGGUGUUUCGCGCGGCUUCGUCUGCGAAUUUCAUCUGGGAAUCUAAGUUACCCUGCAACUAUUUGUAUGUUAUGGAUAGAGUUCUUGAGAAUUCGGCCCUGGAAAUGGACAAGUUGGGGAAGAGGGAGAUCUAUGCCAGGCUUUGCAGGCGAAACUUGUUUGACAAUGGCACCAAGGAAUUUUGGCUGGAUAAAAGUACGGGUAGCAGUUUUUUGUCGAUUUCUUCAAAAGCGUUGAGGAUUACCGGGAUUGAUGAUCGGAGAUACUGGAAUUUCAUUUCAACUGAGGAAUCUAGAUUCCAGACAAUUGCAUAUCUCCAACAAACCUGGUGGUUUGAAGUGGAAGGAGAGAUUGACUUUCAAUUUCCCAAGGGAAACUACAGCGUCUUCAUUCGACUCCAGCUUGGCCGGUCCUCUAAGAGAUUGGGGCGACGGGUUUCAAACUGUGACCAUGUUCAUGGCUGGGGCAUAAAGCCUGUAAAGUUUCAGCUCACUACUUCUGAUGGACAACAUGAUGUAUCGCAAUCUUUCUUGGAGAAUCCAGGAAACUGGGUCAACUACCAUGUGGGAAGUUUCGUUGUUGAGAAUCCCACAGCUUUGAUGAAGAUCAAAUUUUCAGUGACCCAGAUUGAUUGUACCCACACCAAAGGGGGAGUUUGUGUGGACUCUGUAUUUAUACGGCCCAGCAGUGUAGGAAAAGGGGCUUAGUCAUUGCUGUAAGCACUAGACACGGCAGGCUACUGAGCUGUAUAUGUAGGAAGUUUGCUUACAAGUAGAAGGUUUUUGCAGCCCAACGAGAAGAAGGUUUGUCUAAAUGUGGUAAAAAUGAGAGAUACUAUGUUUUUGAUGAGGUAAUUGUGUAUAUAAUGCAAAUGGCUUUCACUUUAGAGUGUUGUUUUUCCCUCAAUAAAUAGUGGAUGUUGUGUA